CGUAUUCAUAUGCAAUCUACAAUUGCGUAUCUGCGCUCUUAUACAUUAACGUUGCGUAUUUUACUAUCGAAAAAAUAAAAUAACAUCGUCACAAUUUUUUUAUACACGAAUGACACACGUGAAAAAAAUUCACUUUUGAGCAAUCAAAUUCGAGCAAAAAUCGUUGGUGCUUGGCUCUCGUUCGACAGACGCUUCGGGAGAUUUUUGCAAAGAAAAAUGUUAAGAGGCAAUGAAUAUUUUGAAAAUGCUAACAUAACGUGCGACUAUUGCGCCUGGAUCAAUGAGAUCCUGGCUAGAGUCAGCGCCGAGACGCAGAUCAAAAAGAAAAAGGAGCCGCUGGUGGAUCCGAUUGUCAUUGUUCACGGAGGUGCCGGCAGGAUACCCCGAUACGCACGAACAUUUAUGCUCGACGAGGUGAAGAAAGCCGCGGUAGCGGCAUAUCGCGAUCUACUGAAAGGACGCUGUUCGCUGGACGCGGUUGAGCGUGCGAUUUGUCACAUGGAGAGCAAAAAGUAUUUCAACUGUGCAUACGGAGGCUCCUUGGACGCCAACGGAGAGGUCGUGAUGGACGCCGCGGUAAUGACGAAUAAUCUUCGUGCGGGUUGCGUGGGUGCCGUUCGUAAUAUAGCACAUCCCAUAUCGUUAGCCAAAAUGGUCCUGCAGCAAACGGAGCAUGUGCUAAUAGUCGAAGCUGGAGCGCAAAAAUUCGCCUUGGAGUCGGGCGUUCCCACUUUGUCACCUGGCCAAUUGAUCGUUACGUCCGAUUCGAAGACAUCCUUGCACGAAGAAGGAAAUAACGAAGUGCAAGAUGUGAGAAAGACGCAAGAGCUUCUACAAGAUGAGGACAAACAAUCUGAUAAAAAGGAAUGCAUACCGGAAUGUGUAAUUGAAAGAUACGGAGAUAAGGAAGAAGGCGCUACCCUCGAGGUCGCUGCAUUAGACGAAUCUUUGGAAAUUGAGCCUGAUUUUAUACAGCUCGGCGCGGUCGGAGCAGUGGCUUACGAUCGGAAGAAACGUCUCGCCAGCGGUACCUCAACGGCUGGAGAAUCAGGAAAGCUGCACGGAAUCGUGAGCGCGACCGGCACGGCGAUCGGUUGCGGCAUUUACGUUGAUCAAAACGGCUGCGUGUCCGUCUCGGGUUGCGACAAAGCUAUCUACAGACACGCGCCAGCUCAGUGGAUCUUACAGCGACUGCAGCGAAAGGCGACGUCGAUCGACGAAGCGGUCACCGAGGUGCUGAAGGACUUCGAGGAAGAAACCGGAGGAGCAUCUCCGCCGGAAUCUGAUGUGGGCGUGAUCGCGUUGACCAGCGAAGGAAUGCCGUCGGUGUCCUUCAAGUGCUUACAUUUUCCCUGGGCGUAUUGCGACAAGGGCUACGUGUACUACGGAUGCGCGAGGAAUGAGAAAUUCUCGGAGAAGAUCGAUGUCAUCGAACGACCGUAUGAUUGCAUGUGCGAAGAUUCCAAUUAGGCGAAAUGCGCCGUUCAAAGAACCGCUAUCGAUUUUAGCUAUAGAGACUGCAGCAAACUCAAUUGGCGCAUCUCUGAUCAAUAUAAUUCAAUUUUUUACAUUCUAA